GAGUGAGAAGGGAGAGUGACUCGCCUCCCUUCCUCUCUGAGGAAGCAGGUCCUGCCUGUAGUUUGUGAGCAGUCCCUGUGACCAAAUCACUGACCUGCAGCGAACUAGCUUUAUGGGCACAAAACAUGAUCCCACGCCCUAGUGUGAGAUGGCUGCUCUAUAAUAGGCCAGGCUCACUUUAAUCAGGAAUGGGGUUGGCCCUGGCAUACACUGGACCCAUCCCCACUAUGGUUCAGGCUUUGGGUAUCUCAUUUCCUUGUUCUCAGUCUCAUCUCCUAUGAUGUCCUUUUCAUUUUUUUAAAAUUAUUAUUUUUUAUUUGUCUCUCUUCUCAGGAAAAUCAAAGCCAACCUUUGUUAGGAUUGAGGCGGUGACUGAAAAAGAAAGCAGUGAAGGCACAUUCGUUCAGAAGGAACAAGUCCAUUUUUAACAGGAUCAAGUCUGAAUUAAAUGGCUGAUAAACAGAUCAGUUUACCUGCCAAGCUGAUCAAUGGAGGGAUAGCUGGGCUCAUCGGGGUCACCUGUGUGUUUCCCAUUGACUUGGCAAAAACACGCCUACAGAACCAGCAGAAUGGCCAGCGGAUGUACACCAGCAUGUCUGACUGUCUCAUUAAGACAAUCCGGUCAGAAGGUUACUUCGGCAUGUAUAGAGGGGCUGCGGUGAACCUGACUCUAGUGACGCCAGAAAAGGCCAUCAAGCUAGCGGCCAAUGACUUCUUCCGACACCAUCUCUCCAAAGAUGGGAAGAAGCUGACACUACUGAAGGAGAUGCUGGCUGGCUGCGGGGCAGGCACCUGCCAGGUGAUUGUCACCACUCCCAUGGAGAUGCUCAAAAUCCAGCUACAGGAUGCAGGCCGAAUUGCUGCUCAGAAGAAGCUAAUGGCAACACAGGCCCAGAUAUCCUCUUCCACUGGGGCAGCAGAGUCUGUUGUUGAGAGACGGACCACAGCAACCCAAAUCACCCGGGAGCUACUUCGAAGCAAAGGCAUUGCAGGACUUUACAAGGGCCUUGGGGCCACGCUGCUAAGAGAUGUCCCAUUCUCCAUUGUUUACUUCCCACUGUUUGCAAACCUGAACAAGCUGGGCCAGAAGAGCCCAGACGUCAAGGCUCCGUUCUACGUGUCCUUCCUCUCUGGGUGCUUAGCAGGCAGCACAGCAGCAGUGGCUGUCAACCCUUGUGAUGUAAUCAAGACAAGACUGCAGUCCUUGCAGAGAGGAGUCAAUGAGGACACAUACUCAGGAAUCCUAGACUGUGCUAGGAAAAUCUGGCAGAAGGAGGGCCCCAUGGCCUUCCUAAAGGGGGCGUACUGCAGAGCGCUGGUCAUUGCCCCACUCUUCGGCAUUGCACAAGUCGUCUACUUCAUUGGGAUCGCAGAAUUCCUCCUGGACCUGUUCCCGAAGCGCCGAAACUAAUCAUUGCGCGCACCCUCCUCCAGUGAGCAUUCAUCCCUGUGUUCGUCGUCAUAUUGAUGGUGUCAGAGCAACAGCACAAAGGGUUAGAGCAGAAAACACCGAAGGGUGAACAUUUUCUCCACACACAAAUUCCUUCUGCCUCUCAAUACAGGGCAUCCCCUCCACUCCUCCUAAGGACAGUACCAAGUUAUAUGCAUAUCUAUUAUUAUUUUUAUUGUCAUUCUUAAAGACUGGUUAGCACAGACUGCUAAUUGGGGUCUUCUCCCAGGAACAGGGGCGAAGAAACUGCCAUGCCAUGCCGGAAUAGCCAGCAAGUCGAGGAGGAGCGCAGGAAGAACUCUCUUUGUUCCCUCAGCCUCUUUCCUGGUGUGGGAGGCCUCUAGGUGAGACCAGGCCCCCUCAUGCCAUGUAAAGGGAGGCCCGUUAUUGUUGAUGGAGGAGAUGGAUCAAUGCUGGAAUCAAAGUUUCUUGUUCUGAAACCCCUUUAAAAUGAGCUGGACUUCAGUGAACUUUUUUGAGAUCAGAAGAGGGGAAAGGGUUUAAUUAUGUUGUUCUGUUUUGGGUUUUUUUGGGUUUUUUUUAAUCAAAGGGACUUUCCCUUAAAUAGGGGCCAUGGGGCACAUUUGGGUGAGAUGUAUGCUACAAUUACUUGUGACCUGUAUGCUCUGUGAGGAGUAUGUCCAUGGGAUCAUGUUGUUGUCUUCAGGCACAUCAGUGCUUAGGGACAGGUGGGAGAAGGGAGGACUUUGUGACUUGGGAUCAACUUUUUAUUUAUUCAGGAAAGAAGAAAUCAAUUACAUUCCUUAAGUCAGCCUGGGUCCAAUGUGUCAAGCUGUUGCUAUACCCAGCAUACUGGCUGUCUGUAUCUUUCAGCCUGCCUCUCACAUGCAUGUUCUACACGUGUGUGUCCACAGCCACAAAGGAUUGCUUAGAAGUUGGUCUCUGGGUUAGGCCUCUUUUGUUGAAGAUCAUGGUAGACCAGAUCCAAGGCUGGCCUUGGUUGUUGUAGCCCCUUUCAGGUCUGUUAGCUCUGAAGUCAGUGGAACUCUUGUGACAUGCUGGCAGGGAUCUGGCCCAGCAUUCAUGUCUCAUCUUAUCCAGACCAAAAGUGGGUUGUGGGAAAGAAAAUGAGACCAGAGUCUACUUAAAUCCCCACGAGGGCCUAGUCCUAAUUGCUGUAAACCUUGCCUCAAGGGCCAGAUCUAGUAUUACUUAAAUGUUUUCCCAGAGGGGUCAGAGAACAUAGAUCCUGAGAGGCAAGUUGACUCUAACCAAGCCCAAGGCCUGUAUGCAUCUGGUUGCAGAAUUGAGACCUAGAUCCCAGAAUCUUGACCUUUUGUUCACUUUUGGGGGUAGUGAAUAGACACACGCAACUAAUUCUGUUAAAGGGACACUGUUCAGGUAAAAUCAUGUAUUAGCAGACCAAAAUUUUUCUUACCUAUGUUCCUGUUUGGCUUAUUUUGUAUGGAAGGACUGAAAAUCCAUUGUGUUCUUCCCUGUUGUUACUAUUUAUUCUAUUUGUUGCACUGCACUUGGCUCCAGUAUUUAUACUCACCUUGGCCACUGCUCUUGCUUUAUAAUCUGCUUCACUUUCUGCUUCUCUAAGUGCUGUUUGUUUCAGACACCAUUGGGGAAUAUUUAAAUUAAAUUUAAAAGCACAGUUUCCACUUACAAAUCUGUUUCUAUUUCAACAUGUUAGCUUCCUGACUGUGUCCCUUUACCUUAGAAAAGGUUGUUAUACAAACUUCCUUGUUUAUCUGUCACUCUGCUGCUGUGAAUUGAUUUUUGUUUUUAAUAACUCUAUCCUGUACAUGGAAAGGAAUCUGUGCAUAGAUGAUUUUUCUCUUCAUGACAGAUUUCUAUGAUCGGUUCAGUGCUGUGACACUUGUCACUCUUGAUUCCUCUAGCUGAAUUAAAAAAAAUGUUUAAGGUGACCCAUUUCUGAUUAUUCUGCGAUGUAUAAAGGAGGCCUGAGAGUUCUAGGGUUUCUUGAAGGUGUUUUUUUUUUUUUUUUUACCUUUCUUGGCUUUAUGUGCAAAUUUCAGGUAUGAGUUGGGCUGUGAAACUAUAGGAUGAUAGGAAACUGCUAGAUGGAUAACUUCCCUUUCAACUUCCAUUCUCUUGUGGAAGGCAUUUAUAGUUACCAUGUCAAAUGUUUUUUAUUUCUUCUCUUAAAACAGCAAAACUUUCAGUCCUCCUUUAUACUUUGUGAGGAAACAGGCAGGAACACCAGCCUUCCUUUUUGAGCAGUCCUUUUGUGGAUGACCUUUUAGUAUCUUUCCAAGAUAUGGAAAGGGGAUAAUGGUCAAAUAGAAGGACAAAAAUAUGUGUGGGGCUUACAAUUUGGGGUUAAAAACCAUAUUGUGUCAGAACAAAAUGAAGGGCUUCCAUAGCAAAGCUAGGGGGAAGAGGCCUGUAUAUUACUCCACCAUGGAUCUCUGCUUGGCUCCUGUUCCAUUUAACAUAGAGAUUCGGAGCAGCAAUAUUGCUGAUUUGGCCACGGAAAAGCCACUUGAUGGCCUCUGGAAACAGUCCAGGGAAAAUUAUCCCUCCUAAAAUUCUGACAGGAGCAAGGGCAGCUCUCUGGGGUCUGGCAUUUUUUUGAAAGAUUGCUGCCUGGCAUUGCUGCAGCAGCUGUCUUUACCUGGUGGCCUUGAAUGCUUCAAGUCCAUGAUGGUUAGGUUAGCAUUUAACAAACCUUCCUGUCUUAAACCCUGUGCAUUCCUGGCAGGGGUGCCUGCUGCCCCUCCAUGGAUGCUGCAGGUGUCUGUGUUGUCUUGACUAACCGUAGAGGUCUGGGUUUGGCAGCUGUGGCCUGCCAACUAAACUGGGAUAAACUUCACUAGUGUAAACUGUAUCUUCACUUCUGUUUGUGCCAGCGGCUCAUGUCCCCAUGUGGGCAAAGCCCUGAGUGUGGCACUAGAGACCAAAUGGAAGUGCCUAAUUCUGCACACCCCUCCCCACCCGGUGGCACAGUUCCACAAGAGCCAGUACUUGCCUUCAGUGACUGCUGUAAGUACCAGGGUAGGUGCCACAGUGCUCAACAACUGGCUCAGGUCAUACGGUCACCUUGCUGAGUCCAGACCCCAAAUUCUACCCCACCGGAGACCCACGCCCAUGUUAUUGCUUGGGCAGAAGUUUAGCUCAGUCCAGUAAGAAGCUCUGCCUGAGCAGGGUCAGAUCCUAAGGCAAGGCAAGUCCUGCAUCAUCUCUGCAGUAGAAAAUACAGUGCCACCCUCUUCUAGCCUAAGACUGGGGCAAGGAGCUUGCAACCCCUGCCUCAUAGGCAGGGUUUUCAGAGCUGGCCAGAAUCCAGAGACCUGGGGUUUAUGCACAUACGCCUUUCUCACUGGCUUUGAAAUCAGUGGUGUGUGCGCUAGCCUUUUUGGUUGUGGGUCCUUUGGUGAGAAAAAUGCAUGGGGGGAGCGAUGCCUGAGACUGGUAUAAGGGAGAAGAGGCUUCUUGAACAAGGAUUUUCACACUUACUUUGGAAGGAUCUGUCCACUUUCCUGUUAUCUGGGGACUAGUCCUCCUGCUCCUCCAGCAGGCAAUGGUCUGGAAUGCAGCACGUGCUGAUGUUCUUCUGCAUGACAGGUGGGAGUUCUCCUCUGCUGUAUUUCCUGAAGAUCCCAGUUGCUUUUGCUUUUCUGUUUUGGAAUUGGUAUUGGGGUUUGCCACACAAGCUGCUUCAGGAGCUCGUAUGGAAGCACAUUGAUCUGAUGAAGCUGGAUGCUCCUGAGACUGCUCCCUGUUGCAAGAGAAAUUGGUGUCUGUGACCUCAAAAUGGCUUCUCUGUCCCAACACCUCAAAGAUUCCAAAUGUGUGAAACCUUUUCUAUUGUUUGUGUAGGGUACUCGUCCUUCCCCCUUGCAUAUGUGUUUCCUUUUGUAGGACGUAUCUUUGGUACAAGGCUCUUGCAGGUUGGUUUCAGUGGCAUGGGCAAUCACUUGUGGCUUAUGCAUUUGGGGGGGCUUCCCCUUACUUUAAUGCAAAGAAUGUUAUGAAAAACUUUUUUUUGAAUUGGCUUCCAGUUUCGGCUGCUCUGUCUAUGGGCUCACAACCUGAUGCUGUCUUGGGUCACGGUUUUUCAGAAGAGCUGAGCCCCGUCUUCUAAUUGACCUUGAUGGGAGUUGGUGGUACUUGGUGCUUCUGAAAAAUCUGGCUCUAGACUUCUUGAAAUGGGUGUCCAAAAUGUUUUUAGAACUAGAAAUCUUGAGCAUAUCUCUUGAAGAGGCCUCCAAGUAGUUAAGGGUUGGGUUGGAAGAAUGCAAACUAAAAAAACUUGGGACUGCCUAAAUGCAGACCCCUUUCCACCCCGCCACAUACACGCACACGUGCACGGAAGUAUGUACCCACUCUCCCAGAGUGAGCUGUAAUGAGUAUCUUGCAGGUGAAGUUGACAGGUGAAGCUUAUGGUAGGUCAUAUUAUCCUUCCCACUCACUGUUGUAGUCACCAAGGAAAUGGUCUAUAGGAUAGAGGAAGAUAAACAUUUGUAGUAUCUGUGCUAUUCCUGUAGGGUGCUAGCAAUCCUAUUGAAUUGCCUCUGGAAUUUCUUUCUUGUUGGUGAUAGUGUUUUGACAUGGCUUUCUCCUCCCUUUCAACUGCUUUUUGGUAACCUGUGACAUCAGAGUCCACAAUCUAGGAUAUCCAUGAUUUCGCUGAACAGCAGCUCUUGGAUGUACUAGUCACUGGUCAAUUAAUGGAGACUGCAUUUCUGUGCACUGCAGGGACCCCUGGUCAUCCCAUGUCCACUUGAAACAUCACUAUGGAGCCCAACUGGUUUGGUCUAUUAGGAGCUCUUUCUAAGAAAAACAUACCAAGGGCAAAAAUGAAGAAACUGGCUUGUUCAGUCUCUAGGAGCUGAGAUCUUUGGUCCUAGCUGCUUCAUUUCAUCUUCUGUAACGCCAUGCUGCCUUUGCCCUCCAGUUCUGCUUGUAGUCCCCAAAGGCUGUCUGCACUGGAGAAGUCGUCUAAAAGUGGUUUAAAUGCCAUUCAGCUAAACCAGUCCUAAAACUGGUCCAGAACUGUAUCUUGGCCCUAGAUGGAAGUGAUUUAAGCCAGCCUGGCAUAUUUUGUAACUGAAUCUCUUCUGGGACUGGGAGUUCUAGGUUAGGUUUUCAAACCCAUGUUUAGUUGACCCAGUUGUGAUGUGUCUGUCUUAACCAAUCCUUACUGCCAAGGCUGUGUCACAUCCUGGUGGUGCAGUGAAGUGCAGAGACCCACGUGCAAGGGAGCCCUAAUGAGAACCAAGUGGAUAGCACAACAUGGCAUUGGCUGAAUGCUUCAGUUGCCAGCAAAUAUGGCUGCUGCAACAGUGUCAUCUCAGCCUUCAACAGGUGGCUCUUACCCCACAUCUGCAUCUGCUGGAUAAGGUUAGUAUUUGGAAGAGAAGGAAUGUUGUGUAGUAGUUUGUUACAAGCACUGAGGCAUGAAUUCUAGGAGAGAUCCCUGGUUCUGCUCCUGACUCUCUCCCUGUAAGACCAAGGGAAAACUGCUACCUACCUACCUCACUCACAGAGAUGUGGAGGCUUAAUCUAUUUGCAGCCACACCUUUGAGAUGCUGUGGCAAUGCAGUCUGUGGUUGUUUUUAAUAGUCAUGGUUGCCUGUCCUUUGAAGUAUGAACUGGACUCCACAUUUAAGCUGAACUAAGUGAAGUGAUUUGCUGGGUUUUUGUAGACCUGGUUAAGGGAGGAUGUGGUAGCCAGAAAAGUUCUAGUCUUUGGAUUAGAUCUUCAGCUCUUGUAAAUCAAAAGACAGGAAUAUAAAUAGUCUAUCAAGAAUGGUAUGUAGCCAAGGCUCCUCGAUCUAGUGACUCCUCCGGAGCUUCUCAAAGCCACUGUAAUAACUGGACUGUUAGGGCACCAACACACAUGCAGCAAGGCUGCUCCAACAUGCUGUACUUAUAGUGUGUUGGAGCAGACUUGAUUAAUCGAGUCUGCUGGAGCAUGGUAAUUGCCAUGCUCCAGCAGACUCCAGUAUCUCAUGUAUUAGCAUCCUUGUGCUGCAAAAUGUUGGCAGGGGCAUUUUAAGUAAAGCUUAUUUGACAGGCUUUAAUUAAAGCAUCCCCAAUGCCAUUUUUCAUCAUGGGGAUGCUUAUACACGAGACGCUCUGGGUG